GGACUUGUUUCAGGACGGUUUGUGACGGGUAACAUUGCCAAUUCGAGAUGCACGACUGGAUCAUUGGUGUCUCCUUCCACAUUUUUUGCUCUUCAACGGUCCUCAGGAAGGUACCGGUGGGAAACACACACCAAAAAUGUUCCCACUCCUCCAUCUUGGCCACAGUACAGUACUUGCUGUCGGAUUGAAAACGAAGAAACGAUGAAGCUCUCUACCUUAGCUGCCCUUUUCUUGUUGCAUCUAUCGUCCGUUCGUGGACAAACAUGUGAAGACUUUGCCCCUCCCGCCGAGAUUCAUGGUCGCAAGUUCUUCAGUUCCUAUUCCGGUGACUACCUUGCCAUCAAGGGUAUUAGCUACUAUCCUCGUCCCAAUGAAGGUGACCUUACAGUGACCAACUCGAUUGACUUUUUCACCGAAGAGUACCGAUCCAUCUGGGAACGAGAUAUCGAGGAAUUCAAGGACCUGGGAGUCAAUGCUAUCCGCAUUUAUGCAGUUGAUCCAGGCAAGAACCAUGAUGGCUUUAUGUGCGCUCUCAAAGCAGCAGGAAUCUAUGUCAUUGUGGGCCUGGCUGCAGAAUGCUUCAACUGUGCCAUUACUUCCGAUGCUCCUCCUUUGUGUUACCCAGCCGAGUUGAAGAGGCGGGGAGAAUUCAUCAUCCAGCAGUUUGCCAAGUACGAGAAUGUCUUGGCAUUUAGUGCUGGAAACGAAGUGUCUCUCCACCGAACUAGUCACUCGACGGAAAAUGCUCCCUGUCAGAAGAAGUUUAUCAGGGACAUGAGAGCCUAUGUCCAACGCUGUUCCGACUCGAUGCGAAAAAUACCAAUUGGAGUCAUCAAGGCAGAUGUGGAGCGAGAGAACAAGGCUCUAUACUAUAACUGCCGUUCCGACCCUGAUGACGAGCUAGAGAAUGCUGAUUUCAUUGGCAUCAACUCAUACCUCCACUGCGAUGGCGCAGCCACUGGUAUUGAUGAGCUGGUGGGGUACAGCAAACUCUUGGAGGACUAUGAAUCCUUUGGAAUGACAGUGCCAGUCCUAUGGACAGAGUUUGGUUGCCUCAAUGAGUCCUUUGAGGAAGUGGAAGGGUACGAAACCCAACGCAACUUUCUUCAAGUGGAGGCAUUGUACUCCAAGACUUAUCGAGAAGAGUUUGCCGGUGGCUUUGUCUUUGAGUAUUCCACGGAAAAGUCCAUGGCUCAAGAUGAGAGCCCCUAUCCCUUUGACACAUUUGGGCCCGACAACUGGGGUGUUGGUCAUUUCGAACCAGAAAACUGUGAUGAUGUUACGACACCUUGUGAGUACGAGCGGUUCCCCGAGUGGUACAACUUGGCGGAAAAGUACGCUGCGGUGGAUACGUCGGAUGAGCCGAACAAGUUGUUCUACGAACGAGAAUGGAAUGAUCCGGUGCCACCAACUUGUCCCGAUGAAUUCCCACCGUUGGAUUCGUUUGCUUGGCCCAGUGAGCUUGUUCCGCAGCUGCCACAGGAAUGCCCUGUAGAGAUGCCAGUCUUCUGUGCGGGUGUGCCACUGGAGUGCAACGUUGUGACGUUGCCGCCAGUUUCGUCUGCGCCAGUUUCUUGCCGAUGGAUCGUAACAUUGACACUUGGAACAGCCAUUGGGCAAGCACUGUUGGCCCUACUCGUGUGAAUGCAAGUGUGGUCGAGCUACGAUCCCCCCAAGCACAUAGUCAAUGCAUAGAUGAUACACAUAAAAUAAUUGAUGAACAGACAGUUUUGU